GCGGUAAAACUGCUUCAGACUGCAGUAGGAUCAUGUGCGAGGGCCCGUCCCGCAUCUCUGGACCCAUCCCUCCAGACCCCACGCUCUGCCCGGAGUACUACCGCCGACCGGCCUCGGCCCAAGGACGCCUGGAAGGAAACACGCUGAAGCUGGACCUGCUGACUUCAGGUCAAGACCUGGACUCCAGUCCGCUUCGUGGGCCCCGCAUCAGGCCGGAAGCCCGAGAGAUCCUGGCGCGUGGCCAGCGAGGCGUGGGCGACGUGCUGCUGCAACUGGGGGCCAUCUCCCUUGGUUCAGGGGUCUCUCCUAAGAGGAAGGAUCCAAAAGACCAUGAGAAGGAAAACUUGAAGCGGAUCAGAGAGAUUCAGAGGCGCUUCCAAGAUCAGGAACGCAGGCGGGAGCAGGGCCAGCCUAAGCCCCUGAAGGCACUGUGGCGUUCACCCAAAUAUGACAAUGUGGAGUCUCGAGUCAAGGCCAGGAUGAAGGAGCCUGGCCCUUCCUCUGUGACGGAGCCUGCCCACUUCCUGCGGGCACACUCCCGCUGUGGCCCUGGUCUGCCACCAUCCCGUGUCUCCAGUCCUCAGCUCACCCUGCCAGGCCCCAAAGCUAAGGGGCCAGGCCUGGGUGUGGAUUUCAUUAGUCACAAUGCCCGAGCCGCCAAGAGAGCCCCCCGGCGCCAUUCCCGCUCGCUGCAGGUCCUUGCACAGGUUCUGGAACAGCAACGGCAAGCCCAGGAACGCUACAAUGCCACACAGAAAGGCCAUGUGCCCCACUACUUGUUGGAGCGUAGGGAUCUGUGGCGGAGGGAGGCUGAAGCUCGCCAGCACAGCCAGCCAGACCCAGCCAUGCCCCCUGGCCACACACUCAUGCCUGAGAGUCAGCGGCUAGAGACGCUGAACAAUCUGCUCCAGAGCCAGAGCCAGCUGCUACGUGAGCUAGUACUACUUCCUGCUGGGGCUGACACCCUGAGAGCCCAGGGUCACCGUGCUGAACUGGACCGCAAGUUGGUACAAAUAGAAGAGGCUAUCAAGAUCUUUUCCCGACCCAAAGUCUUUGUGAAGAUGGAUACCUAACCCUCCCACACACUCUACCCUUGUGGGUAGAGUGAUGGGGAGAUCCUUGCUGAGGGUCACCUCACGGCUGUAAAGGGCAGGCUCAAGCCCUGUCACAGCCCAGGGACAGGAGCGUUGGGGUGGGCAGUUUCUUUAAAGCACUUACUCCUCACCAGUGGCUGCAGAAGGGCCACCUGCCUUGCAACUCCUUUGUCAAAAUUAAACCUUUUGUAC